AUGCCUUAUGCCAAUUCUUCAGCCGUGCGGGAAUUCUACCUGGUGGGCUUCCCCACAGAACCUUCCACCCAGUUGCUUCUCUUCUUCCUGGUGUUGACCAACUACCUCAUCACACUCUCAGGGAACGCGGUCAUCAUCUGCAUCACCCUGUCCGACCAUCGCCUGCAGAGCCCCAUGUACUUCUUCCUACGCAAUUUUUCCUUUGCAGAAAUUUGGUUCACGACGGUGACGGUGCCUAAGCUUUUGGCCGGGUUCCUCUGGGGAAGCCACACCAUCUCCUUUGCUGGUUGCAUGACUCAAUGUUACUUCUACUUUCUCCUCGGAGCUACUGAGUUCUUGCUUUUAGGAGUCAUGUCCUUUGACCGCUAUCAAGCCGUGUGCAACCCCUUGCGCUACCCAGCACUGAUGACCAGGAAGUUCUGCUUUAAGCUGGUCUGUGGGACAUGGGUAGCAGCCUUCUUCAACAUCCUUGGCCCACUCAUCAUGGUCACUGGUCUACCCUACUGUGACUCCAACGUCAUCAACCAUUUCUUCUGCGACCGCACACCCUUGGUGAACCUGGCUUGCACCAAUACCGAAUGGGUGGAGACCAUCAACUUGGUUCUGGCUGGGGUGCUCAUCCUCGGAUCCUUGGUUCUGACUGUCAUCUCUUACUGUUUGAUCACCCUGGCUGUUCUGAGGAUCCCCUCCGUGCAAGGUCGAAGCAAGGCCUUCUCCACUUGCGCCUCCCACAUGGUUGUGGUCACCAUUGUCUAUGGCAGCCACAUCUUCAUGCAUGUCCGCACCACACACACCUAUACUGAGAGGGUGGACAAAGUGGUGGCUCUUUUGACUAGUGUGGUGGCCCCAUCGCUCAACCCCUUCAUCUACACCCUGCGCAAUGAGAAGGUGAAGGAAGCCCUUCGAGAUGCUGCAAGGAAGAGAGGACUGUUCCUCAAGGAAGAAGUAAAGGAAAAGACUGGGAAGAACUUUCACAAAAUUGUGGCGGGUGAGAUGUGA